AGACUACGAUUCACAUCAAGCGGCACCCCUCUCUGAAAACGGCAGAAUAGCACAGGAAGGGAAGCAAAGACGGUCUGCAAAGGCCUGCCGCCUUUUCCCGCAAGGCUACACCACCGUCUCAGCAGCAGGAACAUACCAGCAUCUCAGCAUCAGCAGCACAGACAGGAUCAGACGAAGAGUCGCGAGAGAACCUGCUUCUGGGCGAAAGAAACCGGUAUUGGAGGGUUUUCACAACGGCAAACUUCGAAAGAACAGCGAGGGAGGGCGAGAGGAGAGAGCACCGGGGAGAACGAAAACGAAGGUGUUAGGCUGCACCCAUUUGGCAGCAUGAAGAAACGGGCGAGAAGGGUCUGGGAGGGACGGGGGCGAGGUGAACGAGCCCCUACUGUUCGGAAGCCUCCGUGGCUCUCGACAACGCUGAAGCUGGCAAGCGCGGCCUUCCUCGUCUGUGGCCCUUCCCUGGGCUUCGUUGUCGGGCCCGCCGCCGGUUUCAUCGAUACGUCAGCCUCUUCCUCGCUCACCCGCCGUGUUGUUGACACCAGCACCAGCGGCAGCAAAAGCUCGCGACGCCGAUCCUUGCUUUCCGUCAAGAGCGGCAGAUUGGACCCCAAGAACAAUGUUACGCCGGCUAACGGCCUAGUAACCAGUUCCAUGGAGAAUAUGAACAGCGGGGGGGGCGGCCACGCGCGGGAAGUGGGCCUACAGUCCGAAAUUUUUGCAUCCACAUCAGGUUUUACUACCCUCGAGACGGCCCUUGCUGGAUCACUGUUUUUUCGGAAGAUCAACGGGGGGCGGGGGGGGGACAAGGACGGGAGGCGAGAGGAAGACCUCAUCGGCCACUUCGAUGCCUUGGAGCGUGUGGUUCUGACCGCCAACGCCAACCUUCAACGAGUCAUCAGUUCCUACUACAACUCCCCGGUAACGGUAGACGUUAUCUUCUGCACGGAGGUUGGGCCGGGCGUGUACGAUCGGGAAGUGGAGAUCUCCGUCCUGGGUCACGUGUUUUGUGUUGCUAAGAGCCUCGUGGUCGUGCACGACCCAGCGUGCGCGGAGGCGGUGAAGACUGGGAGGGUAGGCCUCGGCCAACUGUUCCAUUCCCUGAACAUCCUGCCGAGAUUCGAGCUUCUCAACGCCGGCCGCCGGGUUGGGCGUUCUGCGAGAUUCUCAGGAAAUAGUGACACCAUUGGUGGUGAAAAGGAGGGUGUGUGCACACGAGAUGACGGAGGUUUCUGGCGACUAUACGACCUCCGCAGCGGGCACGUCAGCUGCCGCAUUUAUGAAGAGUUCCCGCCUGACCUCUUCGGCCUCGAGCAAGGAAAACGAGUCGAUUAGUAACAGCAGGCAACCAGUAAAUGGAUCCGAAAAGACUGCUCGGACCUCGACUGGAUCAGUCUGGAUCAGUUAGUCAGCGCUUGGCUUGGAGGAAGCGUGUGGCUAUCGUGUUGUCAUGGUGAACACUAUUUACAAUACACGGCCUACUCCGGAGGCAUGGGCACGGGUGUGAUCCGAUUGUUAGGAGUCACCGGGAGCAUUUGGUCAGUCAGAUGCGGUUGAGCAGCGCCUGCCACCAUUGUCUACUUGUACCAUAUAAGUUGGUGUGUCCUUGGUGGUACCUUUGUGACGCGCGCUCGUGCUUGGCCAUUUUUUUUUGUCAUUUUUACGUAGCUGCGACCCAAGGGUUGCUAGCCAACGACGGUCAGAAUCAUACGGUAAAUACGAUGGCGUCAAUUGGUUUUGGUUGGGGCGUUCGUAUCUCUGGCAAGGCAGGGUAAUCACCAAGAAUUUCCCUAGUGAAAGGGUGAACAGCGGCAUUGUACCAUGUUCCCCCCCAAUCGCGAUGCGCCCUCCUCCAAGCACACUUGGGGUGCAAUGUAUGUAGUCGUGAAUUGCAGGAGUUGACUCGAAUCCAAUGUUUGCAGCGGUUAUUGGCAGUUCGUCGCGACUUCAUUAGAUUGACUUGGAUUCCCGCAGCGGCGGAGUUCGUCUGGUGUACAAGCAGGCCACUCAAGCUUGAAAGCUCUCACUCUGAGAUUCGCCGGCGACAAGCCAGUCGAGAAACCGUUGGGUUUCCAUAGAGGUUGACUCGGUGUUCGCGUCCAGUACCUGGGACAAAAUACAUUAAUUCGCUCUUUGGAGCGAAAUAAACUGCACAUUGCGGUGGAAAACGAUUGAUUCGUGAUCAUACAAACACGUUUCUCCGACUGCACACGUCCGACUAGGGAAAGAUACGGCUGGAUCCUUCUUUCGAAAGGAGUCAAAGAGGCAGGCGCCGCGACAGGAGAAACUGUGGCCACCUAAGCAAAACACCGUAUGUGACCAUCUAAGCAACGCACAAGCACAGCAACCGUGUGGGGUUCCUCCUGUGUUGUUGUCGUUUCUCACAUUAGCUCCAUAGUCUAGUCCACAAAAAUGGGGAGCCCGUGGUCGCAAAAACCCGGCACAUACGACGCUGCGGGGAAACAAAACAAAAAUAGGGGACAAACCACUCGGAAAGAGAAAACAAAAUGAUAGAAAAGAAAAUAACAGGUACUGCACCGACCGUUCGAGAAACGAGCCCUCGGAAACCGAUUAAAAUAAAACAAAACAAAGAUAGAGAUAGAAAACGCUAGAUCGGGAGGUGGAAUAGUUUUUUGUUUAAGCACGUACCUGCAGUAGGCUCGUGCGUUGCUACCAUUGGCCCGUUUCCUACUCAGCAGUAUUACAAUAUAUUGAUUGAGGUGUGGAGGGCGCCAAUCAAUGUGAUGCACUCCAAAAAAAUGAUUUAUCUUGGAAAAAAGAAGACACCUCCACACGGACUCAAACCCAUGACUCCGAGAGACAGAGAGGCAGAAGGACAGCCAUGUCUCAUUUUCACCGCCUCUCACCCAAUGCUUCUCCGUUUUUUUUCGCACGUACGUACGUACUACGUGUGCUGUGAAGACAACAACAACAAUAGCGUGUAUCAC